GAUACAAACAUGUACAUCCAUAUAGGAGCAGGUGCAGGAGGAGUGCUUGUGAUUAUAGCUAUUCUAUUGAUAAUACUUUGUACAAGGCAAAGAUCAAAGAAGAGAACAAAAAUAGAAAAACAAAUUGCGCAUGACAGCAAUGAUCCUGAUUCUAAUGACGGCGAACUAAAGGAUAACAUUCUAUACGUUUCUGCAGAUCAACAAGAUGUAAUGGAGGAUGGUAAUUACCAUAUGGUAGAUUUAGAAAAGGAACCGGUCGUCAACUUUGGUGUAUCGAACAACCAAAAACAACAUAUAUCUACCUUUGACAAUAGCAAUAAUGAAUAUGCCGUGGUAGAUAAAGGGAAACAAUCUGACAGUGUUAAAGAUGAUUCUCCUUUGGACGUACAGAAAAAUAGCGAACAAGAUAUGGAGAUGUCUGGUUUACAUGUAGAUCAGACAUAUGCAGUGGUGGAUAAAACAAAUAGAGGAAAAGCUGACGAAUGAAGACAAAACUAAACAACUAGUUCGAGUUGGCAGACUUGUAGAUUGAAGAUUUCUUUGUUUUCAUGCAGUUUUUGUAACAAUUGUUUGUCAAUUUCUAACUACAAACGAUAACUGAAACGAAAUGCAUUGUUAUAUGGUUAGUGCUAAAUGUGGUGUGUUAAAUAAAACCAUACUGAUUUAUCUCUAACCUAUAUCUGGUAAAAACUAUAUAACAAUAUGAUGCAGAUGAUUUAAUAGGUUUACUAGUUUUUGUAUAGAUUUUGUAAUGAUACAUGUUCAUACCAUUUACUUUUUAUCAUGGACAUUUCAGUAAGUAAGUAACCUUUUUUACAGCUUAAGAAAGUAAAAACAGGAAAAAUGACAACAAGUUAUAAAAUAACAUAAAGGAACCCAUAUAACUCAUUAAUUAAAGGAGUAGGUCCGGUAAAGGCCGAUUUUGGCCUCAAAUUUCAGGUCUAUCUAACGAAGAAUUUUGGACACAAGUGUCUAUUUUAAUUGAUUUGUAAAAGAUUUUAACUGAUUGAGUCAUUAAAAUAGCUCCGAUUCAAGCUUAAAAGGAAACUUCACAAAAAAAUCAAAAAAUGAUAUUAUGUUCAUUCUGUAUAAAAAUGCUCAAAUUCAUGAAUAUUAAAGUUUUAUUCUGCUAGAUAAGAGAUCACCAUCGAUUUUAAAUUUAGAGUAUCAAUUCUCUCCGGUCGGUCAUUUUGUUACCUUCUCCGAUUUGCACCCAAGACAUGUCCAAGAACCAAAACUACAAUUACCCGAUGUAGUCGUAAUUGCGUGUCGAUAUCUUGUCAAUCGUACGGUUGUUUUAUCCAACUAGUUAACUAUAACUAAGUUGAUACGGAAAAUUUUCUUAUCUUUUUUUUUAAUAACCAUGAUCUGUUAUUUUUAACAAUAAUGAUUAUAUUGAAAUUAGUUAAAAAGUAAAAAUUUCAAAUCAUAAAUAAGUGUUCCGUGAAACUUGAAUUGUUUUCGGAAAUCUAAUUAGUUCCUAAUUCUUUUAUGUAAUAAACUUUAUUCAAAUAAAUUAGGAUCUUCGCUCCACUGAUCACCUGCAUGGCUAAAGGUAUUACUCCCAAAGGUAUUGCAGGGGGUGUGACACGUCCAGGUAUUCAAGCGAUUUCCUGUCGAGUUGCAAAUUCAUGCAUCGUUUCACCUCUUAGGGUAUUGGUCAGUGUACACGGCCGAUAACUUAUAACUUUCCAUUUUGAACUAUUAAGUGUAUAAUAUGCAUCUCUAUCUUGCGUGUCCGAAAGUGAUAUUAUAUACUAGUCAUUACUAAACUCAUACGCUUGUUUAUGAAUAACAUUUCUGAUGUAAAGAAAAUUAUUUAAAAAAAUAUAGACAAUACCUAGAAAUAAACGACAGAUUUGAUGAAAUAAAAAUCUAUAUACAUGUACAUAUUUUUUGUCAAUGGUGAAGGACAGAUCGGACCAUACCAGAAAUUUUGAUUUAAAAAAAUAUACGCACUUUCGACCAUUCGUAUAUACGCCAGGAUAAAAAGUUACGGAACUAUAGCGAAAAUUCAAAUAUAUACAUGUAUACAUUGUACAUAAGAAAGAAACAUACAUUUUGUGUAAAUUGGGGUAAAAGUUUUGUUAGUAGACUAGUCCACGUAUGCCAACAGUAUGUUAUCAUCAAAUGUCGAAAAACUAUUGUAUACCAAAAGAAGAAGAAGAAGAGAUUUAAAUACAGGUCGAUAUAUAACUUUCUUUGGCUAAUCGAAGUUAUGAACAUUUAUAUAUCAAUUAGAUUGUUCUCGAAUAAAGGAAGAAAUUCGUCAUCAUCACAAUUGUUCCGACAUGCAUGUUAUAUGUACGCGGGUGCGUAUAAACACUGCUAAGGAGUCCUUAGUGCACUAAGGACUUAUAACAUGCCACUAAGGACUAGAUGGAGUGCUGUUACAUGUAAUUUCCUAAGGGAUGUGAAUGUUUUCCAGGAAC